AUGUGUGUUGAUUAUUGUAUUCAUGUAGAUAUGUAAGUUAUAUCACGAUCACAUUAGGGUGCUUAAAGCAGUCGCUCUUCCAAAAGGUCACUUCUCACAAUCUCCCAACAUUUCCCAGAACUACGUUUGAAAAUUUUCAUCAAAACUGAUUUAACAAACAAGUAAGAUUACUAGCACGGUCCAUGAGAGCAUUUUGUUAUCUACUUAGAUAUUCUUGACGAUUUAUGGACGACAUGUAGCUAGGUGUUGAAAGCUUUAUCACUGGCAGAACACUUGGGAAUAUUUUAAGAGACUUUGAAAUUUUACUUUCUUCGGAUGCAUUUUGUUAAUUAUUUUACUUCUCCAAGAUGUGUUUACGCUAUCAUAAGUUUGAUGAGAGAAAUUAAAAGAUAUCUAGUAAAUGUUUUAAUAGCUAAUUGCAAUUGAAGCUUCUUUUAUCGUCAUUAACAGAACUACUGUUGUGUUCUUGCCGCUUCGAAAGUCGGUGAGUUAGUUUUAUUAAUCAUUCGUUGGUACUUCAAAUCUCACUUUUUGUUGAUCUGAAUGCAUGUACUUUGGUGUUUUAGUAACGGUUAUCAGUUCAAUUCUCAUCCACCAGCUAAAGUAAAACAAAUGAUUCUUGGUAUCAUUGGAUUUGAUGUUCUGAAAACUCAAAGCAUACGGAUACUUGUCUUCUUUAACCAAAACAAUCGAAAGUCAAACGUUGUUUCCCUUUUGUGAUUUUCAGGCUCUUUUCAUUAUGUUUACUGGCCUUUAAAUGGAAGUGAAGAAGACAUUGGGUGAGUAUCAUUGAUGUUAUUAGUAAAUAUAAACCCAAUCUGCCGAUUGCUUACACGAGGUCUAACCCACACCGCGAUUUUGCGCAAGUAAUGCGCCUCUAGGUUCUCUAUAAGAGGGUUAAUUUAAUAAAAUAAAUGUCCUUCCACAAUUAGCUUUCGACUCUCUUGACACUGUAGUUCAAAGGGAGUAAGUUUUUAAAGAAACUGUGGAGCUGUGUCGGUGGGAGAGUAUAACAGGAGUUUCAAACUGCGUCGGUGGGAGAGUAUAACAGGAGUUUUAAACUGCGUCGGUGGAGGAGUAUAACAGGAGUUUUAAACUGCGUCGGUGGAGGAGUAUAACAGGAGUUUUAAACUGCGUCGGUGGAGGAGUAUAACAGGAGUUUCAAACUGCGUCGGUGGAAGAGUAUAACAGGAGUUUUAAACUCUUUACCACGGUGGCCAAUUUACGUUAUCAACUCAGUUGAUGAUUAUUAAUUACCCUACGUAUACUUUGAGUUGUUGAUUUACUGCACUCGCUGCAACCGCUAUGCUUUACAGCAAUUGCUGGAAAUCCAUCCUGGCUUCCCAUUUUAAAAAAAGAUUUUUACUCCUUUGCUCUUUUAUUAGUCAAUGAGAACUUUUCUAAUUUCUAGGAGGUUCUUUUCAGUCAAAUGUUUGGAUUCUUUAACAUAUCCUUCGUGUCGGUGAGAAGUUAGGAAAAUCAGUUGAUUACAACUUUUCGAAACUAGCUUCUUUGUUUCGAUACUCAACUAAUCGCCUGUUAAAAGUCGAAAAUCUAAUUUCUUUUAAAUGAUAAGGCGAAUUACGUCUGCCUGUUUUAUUGUCAAGAACGACCGCUUGGAUAUCUGAGCUCUCAGUUUCUAGAAUGCAAUAGAUGCAGCCAGGUGUGUAAUUAUCAGAGCUGGCCUGGAAACACAUAUUAGAGCAACGCCGUUGGUUUAACUUUGACAAUAUAGUAAGUGAUGGAAAGCAAGAGAGAGAGAGUUCCUGACACUAACACUUUAACUUAAAGGUUCUAUUUCCAGCUUCAUAAAGUUUAGUUAUUUUUCAGGUACAAAGACUCGGAAUUUACGAAUGAUCGAUGCUCCGAAAGCAGGUCGCUUAGUUUCCACAGAGGAACCAAUGCCACCUCCGUAAACGCUCCUUGUUUGGCCCUCGAUGAUGAAAGUUUUACCGUCUCCCUUUGGUUUAAGUUUGCUCCGGAUGGCUUGACCAAUCAAACGUUUUAUGCGGACAAAAGAAACAAAAAAAAUGGUUUCUACUUGUACGUUCAGGACCAAGUGAUCCGCUUGACAGUGAUUCUAUACACCGAUCGCAGCGACUUCUUAAAAAGCAACGGAAAAAUCGCAUAUAACACUUGGACACACCUUGCUAUAACAUUCAGGGAAGAAGAUCGUAACCUCAUCCUAUACAUCAACGGAAAGCAGCAGAAAGAUGCAUCACUUUGGCAAAGAAUUAAUUAUUUCUCCGGAGCACCGACAUGUACCAUAGGAAACUUGCCUGAUGGUUGGCUCAACAGAACUUUUCAGUUAUACGGAUCGGUGAUGGAUCUGUAUUUUCUAAACUCUUCAGUGACUGAUGAUAAUGUCGACGCUCUUAGAGGUGUGUACUAGGUUACAAAUGUUCUAUUGUGUAUUCUCGAUCACAGGAAAGGUCCAGAGUAGUUACUAUUAAGCACUUACCGCAAGUCUUCAUCUAUCCACAAAAUCACAAAACAACUUUUUCUACUAAUAUUUGCAAUCCACGUGACAGGUUUCCCAGUUAUAGACAAAUACACAAAUCAAGUAAAGAGUUCCAUUGUGUUGGUGAAGUGGAUGCCCCCUCUACAGGGACAGUGCCCAGUGCAUGCUUACAGCAUAUACUAUAAAAACAGCGCUAUCAAUUGGACGUCAACAUCGCCUCGAAUGCUACCAAAGAACUCAACCACGUACCAUCUUCAGCUUUUCUGUCGGACAGCAUACCAGAUUGCAAUGACAGCGUGGAAUUCAAACGGAGAGUCGUCUCUGAAGGACAGUAGGGUCUGGAAAGUAACCACUGGUGGAGGUAAUGGACAUAUGGAGCCUUAGGGGAAAUCGUGCGUUACACGUGACUGCCUUGCUUAGAUUAUGUGAUAAAUAUUCAAUUUCGUUUUCAUCUUAUCAGUAUCAGAUCUUAAAAAUGUCAGUAAGGUGAUAGAGGCCAUAUACGCUGAACGUAAGACAGUUAACAAUGCUUUUAGAAUUUUCGUGACGGUGUGAAUGUUUGUUUCGGAUGAAAGAGAUUUGUUACUGGAAAAAAUUGAAUAAAUUAGCAGCAGUAAGUAGAGAGUUAAAAAAAUUAUCAGUGGUAUUAUCCCUAUUCUUGAGUAUCUUUAAAAACUUUCAUGUAUUGGAAAUCGCGCUUGUAUCCCCGUCUGGUUCUUUGCUUAAAGUUGCCUUUAUCUGCCGCUAAAUACUCUUCUUUUUAGUUUAUGGACGAGUAAUUCACUGACGAUGUCUUUUUGGCGAAAAACCUUUACUUCUGAGUUCUUCUCUCAGAUUGCUUGUCUUUCUGCUUUCUUUAUUUUUUAACAGACAAACCAAUUCCCCCUGUUAUCACGAAGCUGGAAAUGUCUGCCUGUGUAGUCAAUCUUACAUGGACUGUCAGUGAAGAUGCCUCAUGUCCGCUCACCAAGUACUCUAUUUACUACAGACACGAAAAAUCCUCUUGGAAUAAGAUUGAAAUUAAUAAAGUGUCAGUAACUAGCCAUCAGUGGUCAUUACGGUGCGACACACAGUAUGAGUUUGCAGUGUCUGCUUGGAAUGAUGUAGGUCAAAGCAACUUCUCAGCUACUUGGCGAAAAAAGACCCAAAUCGAUCCAGGUAAGACAGGUAAGAGUCUUUACAAUCUGCUUUGUAUCAAGUUUAUCCUUGCAAAGAUUGGGAAGAACAGAGACAGCAACAACAUCAAUUUGUAAAUCAUACUUAAAAUGCACGAUUCUUGAUUGAUCAAGAUAACUGUGCCGCUUAUCGACAUGUUUAAAAGCAUAAAUUGACAUCAGUAAUUCAAUUGACGACAUUAAAAAUACAAACAAGUAUAUAGAAUAUGGCAAUGAAGUUAAAUCUAUUUGAAACUUUUUAACCAACGGGGCUUGAAAGGAGAUUUGAAGAAGAUGAAAAAGUGUUCGAAAAACACAAUCUUAAAAAAAAACAACAACAAAAGAAGAGCGAUGAACCACUGUGUGAGUGUUUCCCUUAAAGUUCAAGUUUUUCAUCAUUUACCUCAAAUAUGAACACUGUUACUACCAAUAAACGAAGGCACAUUUCUCAUCCAUGUUCCAUUCAUCCAUCCAUCAUCUCUGGAUGGACUGAGCAGUCGAUUUCGACAAAUCCUCUUUCUUAUGGUUACUGAUGAUCACUGGAGUGCUAUCUACAAUGGCCGAUCAGGCCAAUUCGAGAGCGGCAGACUCUUUAACAUUCUGGGCAGAAGUAAUCAACAACAGGAUGUGGUAGGUCACGGAGAUGCUGGAGAUGCUUGAUGAGAUGGAGUUCAAAAUUCUUAACAGCAGCAUGGCAGGUCGAUAGCUACCCUGGACGGCUGAUGGCCAGGUGUUGGUGGGAAGGUCGCAUGUUUUUAAGGCUGGAUUUUAGAACAUCCUUAUACAUGGCCAGAAAUCUGUGACAGUCAGCGGUUUGAAACGGGGGCUCGUGUAUCCAAAAAAAUUCCUACUACGCAUGCGUUCUUGCAUCAGAUUACAUACAGCAAAUUAUGGCGAGCGGCGUAAGGGAUUCGAGCAAGAAUAGCCGCGGUUUAUUUCUUCAAUUACACAAUGUUUCUUCCGUGGACCUUCUUUGGGAUGAAAAAAAAAGUAGAAAAAGGAAAGCUAAUGUUUCUUCUGAUUAUUUUGCCGUGGAAAGGUUAAUCUCGAGGAGGACAUCACAUGGAACGGUGAGUUCACAAUUUGCCCUGGUCUACGAUGUAUGUCAUCAAUUUUCUUACAUGCUAAAGUUUUAUUAUUAAAAUCUUCAGGUUCAAUAUUUGGUGAAAUGGAAGGGAUACAGCGCGUUUCAUAAUAGUUGGGAAGAUGAAGAUAACUUGACCACCGAUCUUAUUAGGUAUUUAUUGUUGUAUCAUUUUUUCAAAUUGUACUUAAAUUACCAUUACAAUUGAACAUGCUGAAAUACGGAAUUAACAAGAGAGAUGCACUCGUAUAAGCUCAUUCAUAGAAAGGUUUAUACUUAACUAAUUUUUUUUCACCAAUAAUACACGCAGUGAUUGCUGCUUUUCUUUUUCUUCUGCCUUUGCAUUGCUUUGAGUAUUACUUGUUCAUAGACAACCCCUCUUACAAUGUUUCCAUUUUCAUUAUUUUUCUUACAGAACUUAUGACAAGCCAAUUGUUGAUAAAGAGAGGCUAACUCGAAACGUUGAUAACCUGAGAUUAUCAGUCCUCUUUAAAUUAAGAAGUAAAUCAAGGUCUAAUGCUAUUUUGGACUUUGAUCAUGAUUGUUUUCGUUUUUUGUUUUAUGGUAAAGGAAGGGAGGGAAGGGAGAAGGGGUAUACUUUGUUAGAUAAGGAUGAUUUUAAAAAAUGUGAUUUACCAGAAAACUGGGAUAGGGUUAUUGAUUGUAAUGGGGAUGGGGUAAGGGUUAAAUAUCCAUUUAAAAUUAGAUUGUUUUUAGCAAAAUCACCAAAAACAUAUUCUAUUAUAAAUGGGAAAAUUCAAGAAGAUCAGAGAAUGUUAAUUGAGAAACUAUCAAUUGAUUUCAGUCGCCAACCUGUAACUAUUCAAUCAUAGAUAUUAUAAACAGAAACUGAAAUUGAAAUUAACUGUAAUGGCUUUAGGGACUGUAAGGGGUUCCACCUGAACACAAAAGCUGAUAAGAAUAUGACCAACAAGUGAGUUGAAUGUACAAAAUAUACCUGGCCCCUAUCUAAUAACCCUAGGCUUAAUCCACAGUAUGAAUUUGCUUGAAAUUGCUUUUAUUUACAAAGUUAAUUAUAAUUUUGUUGAGUUGAUGUGUUUUCACUGCACUCUUUGCUUGUCAUGUAGCUUUUCAUGUGAGUUUGUUUAUAUAAUUUUGAAUGUGUAAGGGAGUCCCCCCUUAGAGUAACUAAAGCCAUUUCAUGCUCCCAGAAUACUAAAUAUUCCAUAUUUUCUCAUUGACAAAUUUCCUCCAGUUGUUUAAUUAGUUCAGCCUUGGUUUUGUUGCUGAAUCCUCUCGCAUUUCUCUUCUUUAAUUCUUCUUUCAAUUGUUUCACUGUCAUAUGAGAACAGCUAGUGUCAGUGGUAGUGGACUCAGGGAGGGGAUGUUCAUUUUGAGCUUCAAUAGAUUGCUGGAGAGGAUCUUGACUUAAAUUUACUCGUGCCUUUUUUCGGUUUUCUUUAAUUUCAACAUCCCAGUAGCUCUCCUUGCGCUUCAUGUAAUUGCGUACUUCCCGCUCGUGUUCUUUAAGCUCCCACUGACGUUGCUCUUGUCGCAGAACAUCUCCUGCAGAAUCCCACUUGUUGGACUUUCUCAGAAUUAUUGCACGUGCUACAUCAUUGUUCUUUUCAACUCCUUGCCCUGUAAAUAUUUUGACUGAGUGGUGGAGCUCAAAGAACUUGGGAAUGUGUGCAACCAUUAUGUGCAUGUAUGGGGUAACUCUGGCUUUCUCAUACCCUUCUCUUUUGCCAUUUAGACUGACAAAAAGAGAAAUCCACUCUUUGGCUUUCAUGAAAAAUUCUGUGGGGUCUUUCUCAGGGUUCCAGUCAUUGACAACUUUGUAAAUUUCUGCAAACUCUGUCCAGACUGCAACCACAGUUGAUGCUGUUUCUGGGUGGAGAAUGCUAUGUAGCUUACUGGGAAGGUCAGCUAAAAGGAUCUUUUUGUCUUUUCCAAGGAGACUUGUCCAGUCAUGUUUUCCGCUACCUUUCCCAUCUGCAUUUCUUUGUUCCCACACAUCAAAAGAAACACCACAAGAUUUGAUUACCCUAAUAAGGCUUUUUAGGUGUAAUCCUGUUGCUGCCCCCUUUUUAUGGUCUAAGUCAUCAUCUUUAUCCCAGUCAAGGCACUCCUGCACUAGAUUUCCAAUCAAAAUAUCUGUGAUUCUCAGCAUUAAGUGCAGCUCGUCUACCACUAUACGAUCCAGUGGUAUAUUUAGUAUAGGUUGUUUAUCACAACAGUAAUUAUCUCUGGAUUUUUUAGACAUUUCAAACAUUUCUUUCAGUGUUCUUGCUAAGGGGGGAGUGUUAUAACUUGUAUAGUCAUUGUUGAUUCUCCAGCGAUCAUUUUUGUGUGUUUUACACCAGGCACAAGCAUAAUUAGAUGUUGCCCCCUUCAGUCCAAGCAUCAGUAAAAUAAAUUUAUAAUCACCACCAAGAUAUAAUUCAGUUUGAAUCUCUUGGCCAUCCACAUUCAUUUUACCUUUGGCAGUCAAGUCAUUUACCUCAUUGAAUAAACUCUGGAAUGAGUCUUUUAUUGUGUGGUAACUCUCGGUUCCAUUGACUAUGCCAAGAGUUCUGUUUCCUUUUGCAGACAUUACGGACUCCUCUGUUUGCAGAAUGGAAAAUGAAAGUAAAAUAAAAUUUGAAUUUCUUGUCAUUCUGGCACCAUCACCAUUGAUUUUGAUUUUGAUUUUAUCAGUGAUGGGAUCAAAGUCACUGUUUUGCUUCAGGAAAUCAGAGAUAUGUAUUUUAAACACUGUUUCAGCGGAAGUUACUUUGGCCCCUUCAAACUUAGCAUUCAGUGGUUCAAUUUUGCACAUUUUGUUCAGUUGAUCACGGCAUUGUUUGACCAAGUAGGACCUUGGUAGACUAUCCGUGAUCAUGGAAAUUUCGUGGUAAAAUGAAUCCCCCACACAAAAUUUGUCCAGUAAGAAAAGGAUUUUUUCAACAUUCCCUUUUUCAUGUGUGGACAAGGUACUAUACUUUCUUUCUCCUGCUUGACUGGGUAAAUCUUGACAGUUGGGUUUACUUGUUAUGUUGUGAACCACAUCACUGUCUGAUUCUUUGACAGUUAACCCGACUAGUUCAACACCAAAGGAAGAGCAGAACCAGAGAGCAGCUUCGGCUCGUGAAAUAAAAGUUUUCAAGGUCCUGAACUUAUUUUUCACAGUUGAAAGAGGUUUUCCCUGGUAUGAACUAACUCCCACAGAAUUUUCCAAUGAUGCAAUAUAAUCUUCAAGCUCUUUGUUUGUUUUCUGCAAAACUUGGGUUUCAUUUUCCUUUUGGUUCACUGCCAGCACCAUUUCCUCAUAGAUUCUUUCCUUCUCCAACUCUAAAUCUUCAUAGGCCUUUUUCCAAUCUUGUAGCUCAUUUUGUAUGUUUUCAAUUUCUUGAUAGAGUUCAUGCACAGGUUUUGUUUGACCCUCCAUAACAUGAAACUUUCGGACUCGAUUAUCCAACUCUUUUCUUGCCCUGCCCUUAGUUUUUUUUGUAAUCUAAUGAAAUUUUAUAAGCAAUAUUUAACAAAGCUUCAUCGAUUCCAUCUCGUAUAUUUUCAUCAUCGCUAAAGGCAAAGCAUUGCCCGAAUGUGCACUUUUCCACCAAAUCUAUGUAGCUGAACCUUUUUGCCGUGGGUGAGUUUUCUGCUGCGCUUGUAGAAGGAGAAUUUGCCUCUAUCUCUUCACAUCCGCUUGACAAAUCUUGACCGGAAGUGUCACGCGGCAGAACGUUUCGUUCUUGAACAGUUUUAUGCCAUUCUCUAAAAAAGAGGAUAAGGAAUUUCCAAAGUAAAAAGCACUCUUUUCUCUUUUUCCCUCGCCUCAUAUCUUAAUUCCGGUUGAGUGAAUUUGAUUGCAUCCUUAAAACGCGAGCAACAUUGACUAAAUUCGUCGCUCAUUUUACUUGCAAAUUUUCGGAGAUUGUGUAACGCCAUUGCACAAUUUAUUAAAGGCACGGUUACAUAGGUCAAGUAAAGCAUUUGGGGAUUCAAGAUGGAGGACGAAGGGGCUAGAAACUACGGUUGACGGUCGACUAAAAACAUGGCGUUUUCCCGAAAUUUUUCUUGGGUUUUAAAAAUGGCGUCACAUUGAGAACUAUUUAGCAGUAUUUGGGCCGUUUUUCCACCAAGUUUGGAACCGAUUUAGUGGCUUCAAUGGCUCCUAUUUUUGCACUAUAAAUGAAGUUUAGCAUGUGAACAAAUCAGUUCGAUCUGGAAGAACAUCCCUGUGAACCCGUGAAGUGGGUUGAUUUUCGACAAUUUAUGCUGCCUUCGGACAGUUAUUAAGAAAAUGUAUGGCGGAGUGCGAGGAUUUCUACGUCCAACAAAAAUUGCUUCGGGAACCGCUUUAACACAUGCAAAUGCACACAGAGCACGCAGCGAAAGGUUGUACAUAUAAUCCACUUUAUUUUGCGAUCUGGAAGAACUUGUCUCCUCUGGCGGUUGUAACACAGGAGCAAUUAUUAAAAGAAGGUUAGCUGAAAGCGCACUGUUUUCCUUGUAGUGAUUUUGCGACUCGUUUGUAACCUAAGACCGAGUUCGACAUCGAUGCGCGUGCGUGGCGGCCAUGCUGUCACGGAUUUCUGGCCAUGACCUCUUGUAUUGGCUUUCACGAGAUCGUCAACCGCUGAAUACUUCUCCAUAGGAAAUAGCAUUUGGAAUACGGUUAUCUUCCAUGCGGAUAAGAUGUCCUGCCCAUCCGGCGGAGCUGGCUCUUCAUGAGGAGUACUUCGAUUCCCCUAAAUUGCGGGUAACGUAAAUCUUUAUUGAGGAUACCCACUUUACUAAAAGUGCUUUACAGAGGGGUCCUCCCAAAGGGAUUACGGUGGUGUUGGGUACCAUGUCCUUCUAGGACAUGCCAAAGAUCUUGCAAAAGUAUCUGAGACGAAACUGAUCAAGGUGUCUGAGGUGUUAGUGAUAUCAUGUCCAAGCCUCACACGUAUACGGCAAUGUUGUCGGAACUACUGUUCUGUAGAUACCGACCUUUGUGGUUAGCUGAAUUCCGUGGUCUGACCAGAGUCGAUGGUCCAAUCUUCCCGAAACAGCACUUGCUUUGUAAAUACGUGACGUGACUUUUAUUAACGUCUGCAUUCUGAGAAAGGAAGCCACCCAGGAAGCAGACGUUUGUUCGACUUGAAGGUUUUCAUCGCUUAUCUAAACAUUGCUUAGGGCUCUUUAACUAACAAAUAGAGAAGCCUUGACUGUGCUCUGUUCCGUUGUUAACCACGCAGGAAGCAGCUAGAGCAAGAAAGAAGUGUUUCUCCCGACUUCUUGAGUGCUCUUGCCGCUUCCUAAUUGCUUUAAACAUAACAAGGUACAAUCAAGGCUUCUCUAUUUGUUUUAUAAUCACGAAUCCGUUAAAUUCCCCAUGCAUUACUUUCAAUUUUCAAAACAAACUUUAUUUCCAAAGCGAACAAUACAGUGCCGUCAGCAUGCUCCGUACUCUCAUAGAAGCUAGAGAGCAGUCCGGGAAACUGGUCGGACAUAGUACAAUUUGGCAGAUGGCAUGACUUUUUUUAGCUCAUCUCUACGUUUUAUACUCUGAUAGAGCACGCUCUUUCAGCCAGUGACAGCGCGCGUUAUAUCCGAACUUUAUUAUAAUGCUCAUUGUGAGGCCGUAACGAAUGGCUGCCGUGACAAGCUCAUUUAAUAUGUCUCGUAGAUCUUCUUCAGAGUAAGCCAAGAGUGCCCAGUCAUCUGCAAAGAGUGACUCACGCAGGAACAUUAGUGAGACCUUCGACUUAGCUUUGAAGCGCUGUAGGCAGAAAAUGCCGCCGUCUGCCCUGAAUCUCAUCGCGACAUCUUUGCAACAGUCCUUGAGGGCGUCCUAGAACAUCAUAGAGAGGACUAUGCCAAACAAAAGUGGAAAAAACAAAUCGGAUUCAAGUGCCAUCGUGCCAUCAUAAAAUGAGCAGAUAAUCUUCACUACUCUUGGUGGACAUCCAAUCUUCAGAGGAGUUUCCAGAGUCCCUCACGGCUAAUAGAGUCAAACUCUCUGGCAAGGGGCAACGAGCACCAUGUACAGGUCGAGGUUUUCUUCUAUGCAAACUGCAUGUAAGGGGUGCCUCGACCUAAGGUCACAUCGGCUUUUUGGAAAUAUGCUAAAUUAAGAUUUGUAGGUGCCUAACUUUCGUGUGACUGCAUACCUGCAUACCUCCAUCGUGACUUGUAUACGGUUUUUUUUUUAACAGUGAAUAAAUCAGUUUGCAGUUGCGUUAAGUUUACUACUGGUCAUUACAGAAAGGUGCCAUCAAGCUGUGUCAUUAGGCGGUUGACGAUCACACUGGCGGGGAAUCUUACAACCACGCUGAGAAAGGAUAUGCUUGGAUGGUUGUCACAUACCGGUCUGUCUCCUUUGUUCUCGUACUGUUGAAUGAUCAAGUAUCUUUGAAUUCUUGUGGGACCUUUUCCUUAAGCCAUAGAUGUUUGAAAAGCCGGGAAAGCGCAGCCACAAGUGCGUCUCCACCAUGCUUGUUCAAUUCUGGUGAGAUACCGUCCUCACCCAGAAUUUUGUCGCUUGAAAGUUGGUGAAUUGCCUUGGUUGUUCUAGCAACUGUUGGCAUGUAGUCAAGCUCCAUGAUUACUGAACUUUGGAGUAGUUUAUCAACGCCAGCGUCGCAAAUCUUUCCACAAAUAGUUGAGUUAAAAAUUGAAAUGCAAUGCCCAUCUCUCAAUGAUAUCUUCUGGUUCGUCGAUCAAGGUCUGUGCAUCAAGGUCAAGGAGAAGACAGACUCCUCUAGCGUUUGAAACCUACACAGCCUUGAGUUCACUGAGAAACUUCUUAACAUAUCUUGUUUCUGCAGCAACCUGUAGUUUUCUUUUUCCAUCCAAUUGUUCUUCAAAUCACAGACUUUGGCUUGAACCAUCUUCUUCCCGUUGUACUGAUCUUUCUUGCCUACAAGUUCUAAGUCGCAAGUGGAGCUUAUGGAGCUCUAACAACAGGAAUAGCCUCUGGGUAGAAGGGAAAGAUUACUUACCCUCGCCAUUUCUUCGUGUUUUUUUUUUUUUUUUUUUGCUUAUUUAUUUGGUCUUGUUCCCAGUUUUUAUUCCUAGUCAACAUUAAGAAAUCAGGCUCCUGGCUGAUUCCCCCAAGGUGGUGGUGUACACCGUUGAGCACUUGUGUCUCGUUCCACUGAUACUAAAGAGUUCUAACUACGAACUCGAUAGAUCUUACUCAUUAAGGGAGAAAUAGGAAACUGCCUGAACUUUCUUAUAUUAGACCUCUACCAGUUAUUUUUAAUUUUUUAAUAAUUAUCACCUCAGAGGUAAAUUACAAAACAAAUGGCUAUUCACUAUCUGACGAUCUUCCCAACUUGCAGGUUCUAUGGACUGGCCGAUAAUUGGUAUUAUCUUGGGAUGUAUCUCCGUGUUCCUAAUAAUUUUAGUGAUGUUCAGCUGCCACAGAAGAAAAAAGAUCAGAAGACUAAACACUGCGAGGAAAAAAUGGUGAGGAAAUAAAUUUCAAGGCACGUAAGUUAGAAAACACGUUCUCGACACUGCUAUUUCACGGGAGGUCAGCUGCGUCUUUUAAGCCUUGAAGUCCAACUUUUUUCUUGGUUUGUUUGUUUUGUUUUUGCCUUUUUUGCUUCCUCCCGUUUUGAAAAGUGUUUGACUUAAACUAUUAUAAAUGACCUAAUCAGUUACAAUAAUAAAAUAUUUCACUCUUAUGGCUUAAAAUACCCAUGUCUGUCGUGAAUGAAUCAGUGCAUUCGACUGAUAUCAGUGCAUCUAUUCAGGUCCAAGUCAGACAUCACUACUCUUCAAUAUUUGGAAGUUUGGCCUGAGCAGGUGACUUUGCUCGAAGAACUGGGCCGAGGAGCAUUUGGAAAAGUUCAUAAAGGAGUGCUAAGGGAAUCCCCAGGAGUGGAAGUUUUCUAUCACGACAUUCGAGAGAAGCGCGUGCCAUUCAAGGAGGGAAAAGUUAUUGCUGUUAAAGUUCUGAGUGGUUAGGAAACUUUGCUUUGCUUUGCUUUGGAUCAUUGAAGCUCACAUUUUUUUCUACAAUUUUUCUUUUUAUUCCUUUUUGGGUAUACAUGUUUUCUUUGUUUACGUUUUUCUUAACAGUUUUCACGUUCAUUUCCUUUGUUUCAGUUUUGUUCACGAUUAUAUGGCAAAGGGGAAAAUUAGGUGGUUUACAAAUUUUCAAGCUACAUGAAUUUUUAUCAAAUUUAUACAGUAUUACUUGAGAAGCAAGUAAUCAGAAAUGUAACCUUUCAAUGGGCGAGGUAAAUCGAAAUCUAUCACCAACUUUACAUCUUGGUUUUUGUAGCAUUUCUUUAAACGUGAGUCGAAGUGAAUGACAUGCACUGCUGAUAAACAAUGGAAAAUAAUUAGAAUCAAUGAUUUUUAAUCAUUGAAAUUACUUUUCUAUAGCAUUGGCAAACGAACAAGAUAAAGAGCUUUUUUUGGAGGAAAUUGAUCUCAUGAAGCAGAUCGGCUGCCAUGUGAAUGUCCUUCGCAUGAUUGGUUUCUGGACCAGAUCUGAACCUUUCCUUCUGUUGUUGGAGUAUGUUCCAAAUGGAGAUUUGCUAACCUGGCUCAGGGAGAAGAGAUAUCAAGUAAGGAGGACAAAAGAGAUAAACCAUCACUACCCAAUAGUGCUCACUUCCAAAUAUGACCCCUUCAUGUUUUUUCUUAACUGUUUGUUCAUUUAAAUGGGACUGUAUCUUUACCUACCAUUUUUCCUAUUAGUUGACUCACUAUGAUUAAUUAUGUGAUAAUCAGAGGAAUUGUAUUUUUUUUUAUUUUGUCUUUCAGAAACAUUAACAAUCGCUCGAUAGCCAUUUUGAAAAUUAGCUUUCAGUACUAUAACAACCUGACGUGGGGUGAUCCUUGACGAGUGAUCAUCUUGAUUGGAAAUAAAAUGUGUCUUUGUUAUUGCGCUUGAAAAUUUUUAGGGGUUAAAUUAAUAAGCAAAUACAGAGUAUAUUUUUGUCAUGUUAGGAUUGCUGAAAACGAACUUGAAUGUCUCAACAUCCUAUUAGGGUUUUCCUUCUUAUCGGAGAUACUACUGAAAAUGGAUCGUAAAUAUAAUGAAUUAAAUUAUUUAUAUCAUAAUUGUUACCAGCAUUAUUGUGACUCAUUUCUUAUUUUCCUUAUAUCGAAAGAUAGACCCCGUGAAGUUCCCACAGCUUCAAAGCACUGAACGUCUGACAUCAAAUGUUUCUAAUGAAACUAAAGUAUCACAAGAAGAGCCAUCUGUUGGGAAAACCUCGAGUAACUUGGAGAAAAUACACGCAGAAGAAGAACGAUAUAAGAGUGAUCCAAAAGAAAUAACACAGGAUGAAAAAGAAAACGAUGAAAUCCGAUAUACAAAUGAUGACAAGGGAGAUGUUGAACCAAAAUAUUUGAAAGAGGAAAUUUUAGGAAAUAUAAAAGAGUUACCAAGUGAGAAAAUUGGCUUGGAACAAAAGGAGAGAGAAGAUAGUGGUUUGGAAUUGAAACCUCUCUUAAGGCAGGAGUGUCAUCAGCCUUGUGAUGCACCCAUAAAUGUAAACAGCGUGGUUGUCGACUUCCAAGAAAGCAGUUCUAAUGAUACCACUUACGAAGCAUUAGAUACGAUUGCUAAAGAUAUGCUUAGCUUUGCAUGGCAGAUAGCUCGAGGGAUGGUGAGCAAUAAGGAAUAGUCAAUACAUGCGGGACAAAUUUACCUUCCCCACCACCCCCAUCCAGGAAAAAAAGAAAACAAGCAAACAAUUCGAUCGGUCUCCAUGAUGUUUCACAUAGAUAUCAGUUUGGUGCAGUAUCAGCUGUGCUAUGUCAAGACCAUCUAUAUUGAAUGGAGAUCUGUUGUUUUUGCUGCUUUCAUACUAAGUUAAGUAUAGAGGAUUGGCUUACAGUCACUUACCAGAUUGUCUAGGUUAACUAUUCAGUUAUCUCUGUACACCUUUGCAGACCUUUUUCAGUUAAUGGCGGUUUGUUUCAGUGCUGCUAAUCUUCCUUUUCUAUCCCUACAGAGUUACCUAUCAGCUAUGGGAUUCAUUCAUCGAGAUUUGGCGGCUCGUAACAUUCUCGUUGGAGAAGAUAAACUUGUCAAAAUUGCUGAUUUCGGCUUGAUGCGCCACUCUGAUUUGUACAAGGUGGAAAGGCAGAAAAAGCUUCCAGUGAAAUGGAUGGCACCUGAAGCGCUAAAAGAUAGCAUCUACACCACAAGGAGCGAUGUGUGAGCUUAUUUUCUGUAACAAACAAAUAGAUUUAAUCUGCAUAAUUAGUUGGGCAGAAUCAACGUUAUAAAUGCUUUCAUUGGUAAAAGAAGGAAAACGACGUUUAUAGGUCAAUCACGUCAAAUCAAUCUCUUCUUGCCCAAAGACAUUUUCUUAGGUAUGCAACGAUCAUGAUUAAGAUUGAAUAUUACUUAUGGGGAGCUCUGCCAAACCUCUUCAUGCCUGACGGAGAAAGCCUUUGUCAAAACUUUCUUGCUUCAUCAAAAAUUAAAAUAGAUGUCACAUCUCCUAUUUCAGUUACAAAUUUCACUCCUAAUGUAGAGAGCGAAAGGUAGUAAUUCUCACCUUUUUUUUCCUUGAGAAAGUGAAUUGGACCGGCCUUUUUAAUCUUUGAAGGAAAGUUGUUCUUAAUUUGACAUCGCUAAAAAAAAAUUUCAGUAUAUUCUCUCUAAUUUGGUUGGGAAUAAUCGGCUUAUAUCUGAUCAUUGAGACAGUCAUAAUUGUGCCUACUUCUGAAUAUUCCCGACACCUGGUGUCAAUUAUGAUCCAACUUUGACUUUGGAUGUUCUAACACUGAGCUAAAGGAGACUUCUGCAUUAAACAUGAAAAUAAGUUUAAUAUACACUAGUUCCAAUUAUUUUAUACUUUCUACGUCCUGGCCACAUGCUCCAAAUUAACAUGGACUUCUACCAGGUGAAAAGUUGAAAAUUUUAAAUAUACGAUAAAGUGUCUAUUAUUUCCUUGAUCUCAUGCAUGUUGUUUUUGUAUAUUUUAGUUGGUCCUAUGGCAUUCUUCUUUGGGAAAUAUGCACAUUAGGUGAGAAGAACACGUUUAAAUGACAUUUUCUGUUUGCACACCAAAUUUUUGAUUGAUAUUAAUAUCUUUCUGAGUUUUCCCUAAGAGCCGAGCUAAUUAGUUCACUCCAUCAGCCCGGCUUAUAAUAAUCAGAAUAUGCGUCGUGUAGGUGCAAAGAAAAUGAGAACUCUUUACCUAUGAUUUUGAUGUUUAGAACACAAAAGAAAUGGGUAACCCGAAAAUUUCCAUGGCUCAGUUAUAUUCCUAUUUCUUCCACGAAAAAAGAGGAAACGAGUUCAUCGAGCAAAUCCUCACUGUACCAUGUUUGCUUUCAGGUGGUACACCGUAUCCAGGCAUCAAAAACAGCGAAUUAAGCAGUCUCCUCAAAACUGGAUAUCGUUUGGAAAGACCUCAGAGCUGCUCAGAGGAAUUGUAUGUAUUUAACCAGAUUUUCCAGUGUACAGGAUUCUACAAUUUUUUACUCAAAUUUUCCUAGGAUGUAUAAGUAUCAUGUUGAGAGCGUAGGUUUAACUAAAAAAGCUUCAGGAGGGGAAGGGAAGCGGGUGUUUAUACUGUUUAUACUGAUUUCGCAUCUGAUUGAACCCUUCCUUGUCCCCUCUCACUGUUUGUGACAUAUUGUCGUUUCUCCUCCAUUAGAUAUUCACUCAUGUUGAAUUGCUGGCAAGAGGAUCCCAGAAAAAGACCCACAUUUGAACAAAUGAUGGUAUCACUAGAAGAAUUAAUGAUGAAAGACAAUCCAUAUCUCGAUUUUAAUCAACUAGGCGAGACCCAUUUCUAUUACAACAUUGUGUCAUCGGUUGAGUCUUCUUCUGACAUGAUAGAAUGACAGAUCGAAUGUGAUAAAUGAUAGACCUAGCUCCUACAAAAUUUCGAAUAUCACACGAUGGAGCACAAAUGAAUACUUAAGAGGUAGAAAUAACUUUUAGAGAAAUACUGAUUUAUUUUCUAGUAUCAACUUUAUCUAUUGACUCUCCCACAGACGAGAGAAAAAGACGCGUGCGAAAAGUAAUGCAUUUUACUCUAUGGCUUUGACGGAUUGUUUAUUUUUGUUGGUUUUCCCCAAGUCUUUUUCUCCUGACUCAGUUAUUCAGGCUUUAAUUUUCGAAGUAGCAUUUUAAUGACAAGCUGACGCCGACCUUUCUAAAAGUCAUCCACAAGUGGUGAUAGGAAUGCCAUUUUUGGACGCUUUCAAAAUGUCCACUUCUUUUAAACAAUCAAAAUUGGUGUAAUUACGUAACAUAUCUUUCUAUACAACAAAAAUACAACUUCGGACACGUGCUACCCUAUGCGUCAACUUUAGAAUGAGGGUUAAACAAAACCAUUUUUUUUUAAAAUGAGGGUCUUAUAUAAAUCGCUAGCCAAGUUUUCAAUGCGAACUACCCUAAACAGUCUUCAGAUGAAGAUCCUAAUGUCAAUUAGGAAAACCGAGAGCAAUGUAAGAAAUAUCCUUUUUACAACAUCUCUCUCCUUUCCCUCAUUUGAAUAUAGUCAUUGGACAUAAAACUUUCAAAUCUCCAUCUUACUUUGUUUUUACUAUAUAAGCCUCAGUUUGAAAUUUGACGUCGGUCUGUACUUACGACCGGCUCAAUGGAAUCAAUGCUUCUACUAAGCAAGAACAGCUCGUCUUCUCAGUCUUUUAAGUGCUAUUUGAGAAAUACAACCUACUUUAAUUCAUAACACCCGAUUGUAAAUAUACAGGGGGAAAGAUUCCACACUGAGCAAUUUGCCAUUUUUUUCUCUUGAUUUAAAGGUUAAUCAUGAUCGCCUGGUAAUAUUGCAAGGGGUAUCGUCCAAGUUCUCAUUUCCACGCUUUUCAUCCGUGAUAAGAACGUGAAAGAAAAUCCCUUGAAUGCUCAAUUUCGUUUGGUUAACUUGCACUCUCAAUCUCCAUCGGUUGUGAUGCAAAUCAUUUGUCAUGAGCCAGCAGGUACCAGUACACAAUUUGCUGAAGGAUGGAAGGAUCCAGAACAUUUCACAUUCUAUUGGCGUCUGCUGUGCCUCUCUCUGGAGCUCGUACCCGUAAGGGGAGGGGAGCGCGAAUUCCUCCGAUUCGUUUCUUACUUUAAAUCGCAGGUUUUAGCCUCAUACAAUCAUUAAUUAGCGAUAUCGUUGCCUUUUUCAGCUGAUUUUCUGUAAAAAAACUAAUAUUUUCAAUCUGAAGCUUUAGACUGUUUGUAAAAUGGACGAGUUUGCCUCUGAACUUAAAACACGCCAGCUAUGAAGAGAGGCAAAUAUGUCGCGUUUCAUGUGGACCAUCAAUUAAAGGUCGUGCAGAGUAAAGCCAUCGGAUCCUUUACACGUCAUUGUUAGGCACAUAAAUCUCGAC